AAAAAAAUGGAAAACCAGGGGAACACCUUCACUAGUCCAACUUCGCCUGCAAGUGCUCGAACGUGGUAUUUCUGAUCCAAAUCGCUUCUGUUUUGGACUUCAAAGAGGUUAUCAAGCUUAGAUUCUUCGAUUCCAUUCAAAAUUUUCGAAUUUGCACGCCGUUUUGCUCUCGCUUCACGAAGCUCAAGUCGAAACCAAUCAUGGAGAAGAACUGGAGAUUUACUCGAUUGAAAGCUAUGGCGUUGUUAUCUACUUUAUGUGUUAAAUUGAUCUUGUGUUUGUCUCUCAAUGAGGAAGGGUUAGCGUUGUUGAGAGUAAAGGAGAGAAUCGUGAGUGAUCCAUUUGGUGCUUUAUCGAAUUGGGAAGAGAUUGAUGGAGAGGUGAAUCCUUGUUCGUGGUUUGGAGUGGAGUGCUCAGAUGGAAAGGUUGUGGUGUUGAACUUGGACAAUCUUUGUCUUCGAGGAACUCUAGCACCUGAGCUAAGAAACCUUAUCCAUAUUAAGUCUAUAAAUUUGCGCAACAACUCUUUUAGUGGUAACAUUCCUGAUGGCAUAGGAACGCUGAAGGAGUUGGAGGUAUUGGAUUUGGGAUACAAUAACUUUAGUGGGUCACUACCAUCCGAUGUUGGCAGUAAUCCAUCACUGGCAAUCCUUCUACUGGACAAUAAUGGGCUUUUUGACAACUUGUCUCCUGAAAUUUCUAACCUUCAGAUGCUAUCUGAAGUUCAAGUAGAUGAAAACCAGCUAUCUUAUGCAACUGAAAAAUCAUCCUGCAAUGGAAGAUCAGUUACAUGGACUGUCACUCAAACUGAAAAUGCAGGUCAUGGGAGACAGCUACAAGUAACAGCUCCCUUUCCACAAGAUUCCAACGGAAGACUAGCAGGUCGUUUUUUUAAUCCAUUUACCCCAAUAAAAAAGCGCAAUACUUCCUUUUCAUUGCCACCAUCACCUCCAUCAUCUAUGGAUGAUCCACCCUCUCUCAGCCCUGGGCUAAAUGCCCCUCCUCCUUCAACAACCCCUAUUAUGCCAAAUCGAACUUCCUCGAAUACAAAUUCUUCUACUUCACCACCGCCAGUCUCGGCUAUGACUCCAUCUGCUGCAAGAGACAAUAAAAUUUCUAGUUUAAAACAUCAUCAAGUUGCAAUAUUAGCAGGAAGCAUUGGGGGUGCUUUAAUUCUUCUUGCUUCUAUCAUGGGCAUGGUGCUUUAUAGAAGCAAUAAGGUUGUUAUUGUCAAACCUUGGGUGACAGGGUUGAGUGGGCAGCUUCAGAAAGUAUUUGUAACAGGUGUACCAAAGCUUAAGAGAGCGGAGCUUGAAAUUGCUAGUGAAGAUUUUAGUAAUGUAAUUGUUUCCUCGCCAAUUGGGACAUUGUACAAAGGGACAUUAUCUAGUGGGGUUGAAAUAGCUAUCGCCUCAGUUGCAAUGACAUCUGCCAAGGAUUGGUCAAAGAAUCUAGAGAUGCAGUUUCGGCAUAAGAUUGACACAUUAUCAAGAGUGAAUCACAAAAAUUUUGUCAAUCUUCUUGGAUAUUGUGAGGAAGAGGAGCCUUUCACAAGGAUGAUGGUCUUUGAAUAUGCCCCAAAUGGGACCCUUUUUGAGCAUUUACAUAUAAAAGAAUCUGAGCACUUGGACUGGGGAAUGCGGAUAAGAAUCGCUAUGGGCAUGGCGUACUGCCUUCAGCAUAUGCACCAGCUGAACCCACCCAUAGCUCACAACAACUUAAACUCUUCGUCUGUCUAUCUUACAGAAGAUAAUGCAGCCAAAAUCUCAGAUAUAAGUUUUUGGAAUGCAAUAGCUGCUGCUGAGAGGGAAGCUGCUGGCAAGAAGCUUUUAGACACACCAAUAGCAGACCAAGAAAGUAAUGUUUACGGCUUUGGUGUACUAUUGUUUGAAAUGUUAACAGGUAGGCUUCCCUACUUGGUAGACAAUGGCUCACUUGUGGACUGGGCAUCACACUAUCUUAUUAGAGGAGAGCGACCACUCAAAGAAAUGUUGGAUCCGACUCUGGACUCCUAUCAAGAGGAGCAGCUGGAGCAGAUUAAUGAAUUGAUAAGAUCUUGUGUGCACCCUGAUCCACAACAGAGACCGGCAAUGCAGGAAGUUACUGGAAGAUUGAGAGAGAUAACUGGAAUAACUCCUGAUGGAGCAAUCCCUAAACUUUCUCCUCUUUGGUGGGCAGAGCUUGAGAUAUUGUCGACGGAUGCAAUGUAAGAACAGACAGGCUGAUUGUAAGUAUGAGAAACUCGGAAUUCACUCGUCUUUGGUAGUCUGCAGGGCAUAAAAUCAGUUGCCUUUAGGUUUUGGUUAUACUUGUAUCUAUCGUAGCAUGAUGAGAAGUUAUCAUUGUACAUAGAGGUAAAGGUCUACCGUCUAUGGGUAAGGUUUGGUGAGUCACUUCUGCUCUUUUUAUUCUGGUUCUUCUGAAAAUGUCAUGUACAUGCUGAUUGUAUUCAUUUACCCUAAGGUUACGUUUGGUAAAACAUUUUUGCAAGCAUUUAUGCUUGUAACUAGCAUAAAUGCUUUUGUCCAACCAAACGAGUAUUUCCGGGCACGUAAUCUGAGGCAUAGCGUAUUAUGUUACUUUUAAAAUGCUAUCAAUUUGAACAAUUUUAAUAGCA